AUGGUCAGCCUCUUCGCGCUCACGGGCGUAUGCAUUGGAGUAGCCAUCGUGAGAACAAUCAUCCUCGCGAUAUAUGAGAGACUGCGUUAUCGAAGAGCUGUCCAUCAACAUGGCUGUCGAGCGCCGAGAAAAUACCCUAACCUCGAUCCGCUGCUCGGUAUGGAUCUCUUUUGCCGCAUCCGGAUGGCCGAUUUUCGAGGCCAAAGGUCAAACUUCUACCGGGACAUGCACAGGAAACUUGGCGGGACUUUUCAGAUGAAGACUUGUGGAGUCACGGAAGUCCAGACGGCGGACCCGGAGAAUAUACAAGCAAUCGCUGCCACGAACUUUGGUGACUGGGGUGUUGGGCCCAUGAGGGGAGACAUUGGGGCGCCGUUCUUAGACCGUGGAAUCUUUACUGAUGAUGGCGAGUUCUGGAAGCACUCACGAGCUCUUGUGAAACCUACUUUCAAUCGUGCUGAAGUCGCCGAUCUUCCAUCCUUCGAGAAUCAUGUGCAGCGAUUCAUGGAACAUAUACCCAAAGACGGGGAGACAUUCGAUAUGCUCCAUCUGGCAAAGCGUUUGUUCCUUGAUACAUCGACCGAAUUCAUAUUCGGCCAGUCUGUCGAGUCUCUCCAACCCGAGACCCCUUUCGAAACCGACCGCUUCCUCAAAGCCUUCGACCGCUCCCUCCUCAAUCUCGCCCUGCGCAUAAUCACUGGUCCUUUCCACUUCCUAUUCUCCCUUGACCCCGGCUACAAGCCCGCCUAUACCAUCGUCCACGAAUUCGUCGACAAGAACGUCCACAAAGCCCUCGCCAAACGCGCUCAAGCAUUGAACCCAUCCUCGCUCCCCAGCGCAGAGAAGGCCGCCGACCCACACGACAGCGGCAAAUACAUCCUCCUCGACGGCAUGACCCAACAGAUCACCGACCCUAUCGCCCUCCGCGCACAAAUCAUAAACGUAUUUUUCCCCGCCCGCGACACCUCCGCCAUCGCCUUCUCAAACUGCAUCUGGGAACUCGCCCAACACCCACCGGCAUGGUCCUCUCUACGUGCCGAAGCCCUAGCUCUCGGCACUCAGCCUCUCACCUUCGAAGUCAUAAAAGCCCUCCCAGUAACAAAAUCCAUCAUCAACGAAACCCUCCGCUUACACCUGCCCGCGUCGCGAAUAGGCCGCGCCGCGCUGCGCGAUACAGUGCUACCGGUCGGCGGCGGGCCAGAUGGGCGCAGCCCCUUAUUUGUGCCUAAGGGCAGAGUUGCAGAAAUGGACCUCUACUCCUUGCAUCGCGAUAAGAGCAUUUGGGGCGAAGAUGCAGAUGAAUGGGAGCCGGAGCGGUGGGGGCCGGGCAGACCGCUCUGGGAGGCAAAGUGGCAGUACGUACCGUUUCUGGGAGGGGUGCGCAUGUGUCCGGCGCAGAAUAUGGUGUUGAUUCAGGUUGCGUAUUUGCUAGUCAGGGUGGCGAGGGAGUGGGAGAGGUGCGAGUUUCGGGAUGAGACUGGGGUGUUUGAGGAGGAGAUCAAGUUGACGGUGGAGAGCAGGAGAGGGGUCAGGAUUGGGUUUGGGGGAAAGCAGAGUUAA